CACCGGUAUGGAAUUGCCAAAUGACAUUAACCUCGCAGACCCAAAAUUCUACGAGCCAGGCUCGAUAGACAUCAUCAUCGGAGCGGGAUUAUUUUACGACAUACUGUCAGCAGACAAGAUCAACCUUGGAAGUGAUGGUCCAUCUGUGCAAAAUACUCUUUUUGGGUGGAUAGUUUGUGGGAAAAUUUCGGAUGAUUUCAGACACACUCAACCUGUUACUGCUAAUACGUGCAGCGAACGGUUAGAUGAACUUGUAGGGAGGUUUUGGGAGCUUGAGACUUGUCGAUCCAACAGUGUUCACUCGGUAGACGAAUCAGCAUGUGAAGCAUGGUUUGAUCGUACCACAGUCAGAGACUCCAACGGAAGAUUCAUUGUGACGUUGCCGAAAAGGGAUUCACUCGUUUUUAAACUGGGCGAUUCGAAACACACUGCGCUGAAACGUUUUCUUGCCUUAGAGAGACGACUGGCAGGCAACACUAUAGUCAAAGCUAUGUAUGAGCAGUUCAUUGAAGAAUAUUUGCGAUUGGGUCACAUGAGAGAGGUGACGGAUGACGAUGAAUCAACAGCCCCACAGUAUUAUAUACCGCACCAUUACGUGCUUCGGCCUGACAGUUCAACCACAAAACUGCGCGUGGUAUUUGACGCAUCAUGCACCACCAGCAGUGGCAUUUCUCUCAAUGAUUCUCUUUUGAUCGGUCCAACGGUGCAAGAUGAUUUGCUUGCAAUUGUUUUGCGAUUUAGGCUACAUCGGUAUGCUGUUGUCGCCGACAUCGAAAAAAUGUACCGCAUGGUACGAGUUCAGCCCGGCGAUUGGCGGCUGCAACGAAUAUUUUGGCGAGCGAAUCGGAAUGAAUUUAUUCGCAUUUUUGAACUUCAAACCGUCACUUACGGGACAGCGUCAGCACCGUAUUUGGCGACGAAAUGCUUGAAACGCCUAGCAGAACUCGACGGAAGCAAGUAUCCAGCAGCAGCGAAGGUACUGGCGGAAGAUUUUUAUGUCGAUGAUAUGAUGUCCGGAACUGAUAGCAUCGACGAAGGUGUGCGGCUGUGCGCCAGUAUGCAAGCACUAUUGAACGGAGGUGGAUUCACACUGCGUAAGUGGAGUUCUAAUUGUCCUGCCAUACUAGAACAGAUACCAGACGGAUUCAAAGAUGAUCGCACGUCAUUUGAGUUGGAUGAAUCGAGUGCCACAAUAAAAACACUAGGGCUCAUCUGGGAGCCCCGUCUAGAUUGCUUUAAAUUCAGGAUUCCUGAGUGGAAUUAUUCAGAAAUUUGUAAGCGUACUGUCGUGUCUGACCUGGCAAAGGUUUUCGAUCCGCUUGGACUAGUUGGCCCGAUUGUCAUCACAGCAAAAAUAUUCGUCCAAUCCCUCUGGAAGCAGAAGGUUUCGUGGGACGAAACACUUGCACAUGUGCUCAAAAUGCAGUGGAACGAAUUCCGGCACGGCUUGGAGAAUCUAGUUAAUUUGAAGGUACCGCGGUGGAUUGCAUUCAACAACGACUGUCGCACAGUUGAGCUACACGGGUUUUGCGAUGCAUCGACAGUGGCCUACGGGGCUUGCAUUUACUUGCGAUGCACACAUCACGACGAAAGCGUUACAUCGCACCUGAUUGCCGCGAAAUCUAGAGUCGCACCGCUUGAGGAUAUGAAAAAGCGAAAGAAAAAGCAAUCUAUUCCACGUUUAGAGCUGUCGUCUGCCUUACUACUGACACAUUUGAGUGAGAAGGUGGUUAGCAGUUUGAAGAUUUCGGCCCGUCAACAUUAUUGGACAGAUUCAAUGAUAGUGCGAUAUUGGCUUGCAUCGGUUCCAUCGCGUUGGCAAGUGUUUGUGGCCAACCGAGUGUCCGAAAUCCAGCACGCAACUAAAAAUGGAAGGUGGAGUCAUGUCCCAGGUACAGAUAACCCAGCCGAAGUUCUUUCGCGUGGCACUACAGCCGAACAACUGAUACACGAUAAGCUGUGGUGGGGCGGACCACAGUGGCUGCAAGGAGAUGAAACUGCGUGGCCGCAGAGUGUGGCCAUCUCUGAAGCAAACUUCGCAACUUCUCUACUAGAAGAACAUUCUGCUGUUUGUACGGUAGCUCAUGUAUCUCCCCCAAAUGAGAUAUUUAGUUUGAAAUCGUCGUUAACAAGCUUGGUACGACUCGUGGCAUGGUUUCUGAGAUUCAAACACAACUGUUGCAAGGGCAAUCGCGAUAACCGAUGGUCUGGACAGUUAACGUUCAUCGAAAGAGAAACAUCGCUUCUUCAUCUCGUAAAAUUGGCUCAGCACGAGCGUUUCGGACAAGAAAUCAAGGAUUUGCUACAAAAAACCGAAGUUAAACCGACAUCCCGCAUUAAUUCACUCUGCCCAAAAAUCCUGGAUGGUAUAGUUCGCGUCGGCGGCCGGCAUGCGAAUGCGCAGAUUUCAACCGGAAGACGACAUCCGAUAAUUUUGGACAAAGAUCACCCGCUAACUGAACUUAUCGUAUUGCACUACCAUCAUAAGCUGCUACACGCAGGGCAACAGCUGCUCAUUGCCAGUGUUCGAGAGCGAUUCUGGCCAUUGAGCAUCCGCAAUCUCGCCCGCAAAAUCAUUCACCGUUGCGUCUUUUGCUUUCGAGUCAAACCAACUGUGCACGAGCAAUUGAUGGCUGAUCUACCCUCAGAACGCGUGACACCUGCCCCACCGUUUUUACGUGUUGGUGUCGACUACUGCGGACCGUUCCAGACAAAUUACGCAAAUCGCAAGAAGGGUCCGCUAAAAUGCUAUGCUGCUAUUUUUGUAUGCCUCGUUACCAAAGCAGUUCACAUCGAAUUGGUUGCGGAUUUGACGACAUCCGCAUUUAUAGCUGCUUUUAAACGGUUUGUGGCGAGACGAGGUAAACCGUCGAUCGUCAUGUGCGAUAACGGCAAGAACUUUGUGGGAGCUAAGCGUGAACUAGAUGAACUGCGCAAGGUUUUUCUCACUCAGCGAUCGCAAGAGCAAAUUGUCUCAGAAGCAGCAGAUGACGGUGUCGAGUUUAAGUUCAUUCCACCUAGAUCUCCUAAUUUUGGCGGCUUGUGGGAGGCUGCCGUUAAGUCCAUGAAGCAGCAUCUCAAACGGACAAUCGGCAUGAAGGUUCUCACACCAGACGAGCUUCAAACGAUACUUGUACAAAUAGAGUCAUGUCUAAAUUCAAGACCUCUUACUCCUUUGAGUAAUGACCCCGGAGACUUUGAAGUACUAACUCCAGGGCACUUUUUGGUUCAACGCCCACUCACCGCACUACCAGAGCCAGCACUCAACGAGGUUCCAGAGAAUCGGCUUUCUCGAUGGCAGUGCGCACAAGAUUUCCUGCAGCGGAUUUGGGGGAAAUGGUCAACGCAAUACUUGUCCGACUUGCACAACAGGACGAAGUGGACGAGGCAACGUAACAACCUUUUCGUGGGGAGAAUGGUCUUGGUGAAGGAAGACAAUCUUCCCCCGCUCAAAUGGGCUCUCGGUCGAGUGACGCAUGUCACUAAGGGAGCAGACGGCAACAUCCGGGUGGUGAUGGUGAAAACGAAGGACGGUAACUUCUCACGGGCAAUAAGUAAAAUCUGCAUUUUGCCCAUACGUGACAACGAUCAACCACACACAGAAGGGAAGAACUAAGGCUUCCCCAUCAAAGGCGCUUAAGCGCCUGCGGGAGCCACGGGGCUCCCGCGUUCCACUGUCGUCGGUCGUCAAGGGUCGGUCGUUGACCACCCACAACAUCUCUUCGUGAUGCUCUGAAGUGGAAAUUUGGUUCCAGUUUUAUCUCACUCGCUCAACUCAGCAACUAAUCUGCAUGCAAUAUCGGGAUCGGCUGGUGAUGAUGGCCACGUCACUUAGUCUGGUUUGGUUGCUUUUCUCAAUUAUCAGGACUGAGACCACUGGAGUCAAUUUCAACACGCAAGACCAUCGAAGACACCACUUUGUUACCACAUCGUUUAUCCGAAAUUUUAUCGUAUCAUCAUCAUGACUUCAUUGGAUGUCCAAGAAUGCCGCGCAAGGCAUUACAGUUCAUCAACGUAAACGCAUCUCAACAAAUGCAUCAACCAAGGAAUACAUCAUCGGCGCUGGGCGCCCGCGGAGGCGCGCAAGCCUCCGCACCAGGGAAGUCUUUUCGAAUUUGUUUUAUGCUUGUAAAAAAUCGCCUCUCAUAUGUUUCAGUAUGCUCUACAUUCACGAUGACCGGGGAGUGCACCCCAGGACGGUCACAUCGCACGAAUUCACCCAGGGAGACCGGUACAGGACCGGUGUGUUCAACGCAGAACGGAAAAUCGCCAGCUAAUUAUACUACAAGGAGUAGUAGGAGCAGAUAUUUCGUACACCCGCAUCAAUCCAGCAACAGCUGUAUCGAAGACGCUUACCCCACUCACUUCCAACCAGGAAAAGGUUCAUCUAGUACACAUAAUAUACUACACGAAGAAACCAAUUGUCAAAGGAAAAUAUAUAUGUAAGAUAGUUAUGUUUUCUGCGAUAGCCAUUAGAUUAGUCAGUAGAUUAGUUUAGAAAUACCGCAUAUUUCUAAGGCGGCCGGUAUGUUUAUAAUUAUGUAGUUUUUUGUCCAGCAGACCCACUCUGUAAUUGACGUUAGCUUCAUCGAUCAAGAGAGUGUCUAAUCUUAUUCUCAAUACACUAAUAUCAGAGCACUAUCAGUGAUAGCAGAGUAGAUCAAUUCUCUCGAUAACAGAUUACCUAUAAAUACGCAUGAAUCUGGGACUCUGUCUCUUCUUGCUUGUUCAGCACCAAUAAAUGGUUCAUGGCGAUCGCGACGUUCAUUCGUUAGUACAUUUAGUGCUUCAAUAAAUUCAGUUAAGUUGGAAAAUUGUGUUUCAUAAAA